AUGGAGUUUUAUGAUGGAGAUUUGAUGGAGGAAUUAAUGGCUCUAAGAAGAGAAACUCCAAAUCAAAAUGAAGAAGAAAAUCAAUUCUUCUCAUCAUCAAGUAAUAACAACAUCUUGAGUUUGGAAAACUGUUUCGAUCAAAACUCUUUAUAUUAUCAACAAAACUCUUGUAGUCAACAACUCUUUCCUCAAAGUUACAUCAACAAUGACUACUAUAGUAACACUUUCAAUGAAAUCUAUGAUUCAUUACUUCAAGAAUCUUCAACACCUCAGAUUCUUGAUUCAUAUUACAAUAACACACUCGACACGCCGUUUGUUUCUCAAGAAGAUUUUCCACUGUCCAUGAUCGGAGAAGGAGAAGGAGAAGAAGAAGAAGAUCAAUGUUUGCUUGGCGAAGAGAUUAAGAAUUUGGAGCUGCAAACAAAAUGUAAAAUGGAGGAAACACAAUCACCAGAAAUGCCGGUAGUUUUCAAGUCUGAAAACAGUUUGGAGAGAAAAAAUCGGUCCAAGAAGCUUCAAGGACAACCAUCCAAGAAUCUAAUGGCGGAAAGGAGACGAAGGAAGAGAUUAAACGAUCGCCUAUCGAUGCUUCGAGCAAUUGUCCCUAAGAUAAGCAAGAUGGAUAGAACGGCUAUACUCGGAGAUACUAUUGAUUACAUGAAAGAACUUCUAGAGAAAAUCAACAAUCUACAACAAGAAAUUGAACUAGAUUCAAACAUGUCAAGCGUUGUCAAAGAUGUAAAGCCAAAUGAAAUCUUAAUAAGAAACUCGCCAAAGUUUGAGGUGGAGAGAGGCCUAGAGACUAGGGUUGAAAUUUGUUGUGCAGGGAAACCAGGGCUAUUGCUAUCCACAGUGAACACAUUGGAAGCAGUAGGUCUUGAGAUUCAACAAUGUGUUAUAAGUUGUUUCAAUGAGUUCUCAAUGCAAGCUUCUUGCUCAGAGGAAUUUGAGAGAAGCACAAUGCUAUGUUCUGAAGAUAUUAAGCAAGCUUUGUUUAGAGGUGCAGGGUAUGGAGGAAGAUGUUUGUGA